AUGGCGUGCCUGGGUUUCCUCCUCCUCCUCCUCCUCCUCCUCCUUCUGGCUAGCGCAGUGGCUCAGGGGGAGUACGGCGUGGUCCACGUGGUGUCACAGAACUGGAGCAAGGACUACUGCGUGCUGUUCAACUCGGAUUAUGUCACCCUGCCCCGGGACCUGCGCCACGCCCCACUCCUGCCCCUGUAUGAUGGCACCUCGGCACCCUGGUGCCCUGGCAAGGACUUCUCCCAUCAAGCCCAGCCCAGCUCCCCCAGCCAGCGGCCCCUCCACCGGACCACCGCCAUGGUCAUGCGGGGCAACUGCAGUUUCUACGCUAAGGGCUGGCUCGCUCAGGGCCGAGGCGCCCACGGGCUGCUCAUCGUGAGCCGGGCCAGUGGCCAACAGUGCGCAGACACCACCCUGGCGUCCCAGGACCCCCACAAGCCCCUGCCAGACCUCACCAUCCCGGUGGCCUUGCUCCGAUACUCUGACAUGCUGGACAUCCUCGGCCAUACCCACGGGGGCGCCAUGGCCCGAGUGGCCUUGUACGCGCCUCCAGAGCCCAUCCUCGACUACAACAUAGUGGUCAUCUUCAUCCUGGCCUUGGGCACCGUGGCCAUGGGUGGCUACUGGGCUGGCCUGACAGAGGCUGAUCGGCUGCAGCGGCGCCGGGCCCGGGGAGGAGAAGAGGAAGACGAUGAGGACACACCCGUGGACUUCACGCCGGCCAUGACGGGAGCAGUGGUCGCCAUGUCCUGCUCCAUCAUGCUGCUCCUCUACUUCUUCUAUGACUCCUUUGUCUAUGUCACGAUUGCCAUCUUCGGCCUGGGCGCGGGCACCGGCCUCUACGGCUGCACGGCCCCCCUGCUGCACUACCUGCCCCCGCAACAAUACCAGUGGCCCCUGCCUGGCCGCCGGGCCUGUCUGCGGCUGCCCCUACUGCUGCUGGCCGGCCUAUGCGCGGUGGUGACCGGCCUCUGGGUGGCCUACCGCAACGAGGACCGCUGGGCGUGGCUCCUGCAGGACGCGCUGGGCAUAGCCUACUGCCUUUUCGUCCUGCAGCGCGUGCGGCUGCCCAAACUCAAGAACUGCACCUUCUUCCUGCUGGCCCUGCUGGCCUUCGAUGUCUUCUUUGUCUUCAUCACGCCCCUCUUCACCAGGACCGGCGAGAGCAUCAUGGUGGAGGUAGCCGCAGGCCCGGCAGAUUCCUUGAGCCACGAGAGGCUGCCCAUGGUGCUCAAAGUGCCCCAGCUGAGCUUCUCGGCCUUGGCCCUGUGUGACCAGCACUUUACCAUCCUCGGCUUCGGCGACAUCGUGGUCCCAGGCUUCUUGGUUGCCUAUUGCCAUCGUUUUGAUGUGCAAAUGCACUCACGCCAGGUCUACUUCAUGGCCUGCACCGUGGCCUACGCCGUGGGUCUGCUGGUCACGUUUGCUGCCAUGGUCCUCACGCAGAUGGGCCAGCCUGCCCUGCUCUACCUGGUGUCCAGCACCCUGCUCACCAGCCUGGCCGUGGCCACCUGCCGCCAAGAGCUCACCCUCUUCUGGACUGGCCAGGGCAGAGCCAAGACACCCGCCCAGCCCAUGGCAGGGCUCUGUGGCACUCAUCCAGGUGGCUCUAAGCAGAAGCAGGAGGACACAGCAAACGUCCACACAGCCAGGGAGCCUGAGGGGGCCACCGACCUUUUGGCAGGGGACUUAGACGGCAACCUCAGGGAGGACACAGCCAUGACCGUCACCACAUCUGAGGACGAAGCCACCAGUCUGGUUGGCCACAGUGACAGCUCUGAGGGCUGGAGUGAUGCCAACCUGGACUCUGAUGAGCUGUCUCUUGUCUCCCCCAGGACCUCAGAGGAACUGAUGCCGCUGAUGCCACUGAUGCCAUCACCCUCAGAGCUGGGCCAUGCACACACCUACGCCUAUGCCCAGGCCCAGGCUCAGUCUCAGGCUCAGGCUGCUGACCUGCCCUGGAGGAGUCUGCACAAAAGGAAGGGUUUUAAGGUAAAGAAGAGCAUGUCGACCCAGGCUCCCUUGUGA